CAAUUUCGCGGCAGCGAUUAAAUACCAACAAAAAAAAACAUUUUAUUGAAUAAAAAACGCAUGAAAAGUCAAACAAUAUUCAGUUGCACUUCACGUGAAACGAGCAUCAAAGUGUAAAGCAAGGAAAAAUGACUGGCCGCGGAAAGGGAGCCAAGGGAAAAGUGGUGCGCGAAAAUGUCCAGGAUGAUAUGGACGAUUUUCUCGUCUACGCUGCCGAGAAAAUUAUCCAAAAGCGCACAAGAAAGGGGACUGUCGAGUACCGUGUGAAAUGGAAGGGCUGGAACCAACGCUACAACACCUGGGAGCCGGAGGUGAACAUUCUAGACCGUCGCCUUAUCGACAUCUACGAGCGGAGUAACAAAUCGUCUGGAACGCCAUCGAAGCGCGGCCUCAAGAAGAAGGAGAAGGAGCCCGAUCCGGAGCCAGAGUCCGAGGAGGAUGAGUACACAUUCACCGGUGAUGAUGUGGACACACCCCAGGCCACCACCUCGAGCGGUGGCCACGACUCCGACAAAAAGGACAAGGAGAAGAAGCACCACCACCACCAUCAUCACCAUCACAUCAAGUCCGAACGUAGCGGCAGUCGACGGUCCGAAUCGCCGCUGACACACCACCACCACCACCAUCAUGAGUCCAAGCGCCAGCGCAUGGAUCAUAGUUCCUCCUCGAACAGCAGUUCCACGCACAACUCGUUCGUGCCCGAGGCAGACACCAAUUCAUCCAGCUCGGAGGAUCAGCCCCUGAUUGGAACCAAGCGCAAGGCAGAGGUGCUCAAGGAAUCUGGCAAGAUAGGCGUCACCAUCAAGACCUCACCGGAUGGACCUACACCAAAGCCUCAGCCACAAAUCCACUCACACGACCAGCAGGCACAGAAAACCACAUCCGAUUCAUCGGCUACCCUGAAGUCCGAGCACCUGAGCACACCCCUGGGCACUGAGGUGUCAUCAACGCCAGCCGGAUCCGGUGCAGAGGAGGAGGAUGUGGAUGAAUCUGUCGCGCAGUCGGAUAACAACAAUAUACCAAAACUCAGCAACACUCUGGCCCUAUCACAAAAGCAGCCCCUGACUCCAUUGUCGCCAAGGGCUUUACCUCCGCGCUUCUGGCUGCCGGCCAAGUGCAACAUAUCCAAUAGGGUGGUCAUCACCGAUGUGACAGUCAACCUAGAGACAGUCACCAUACGCGAGUGCAAAACGGAACGUGGAUUCUUUCGGGAGCGCGACAUGAAGGGUGACUCUUCGCCAGUGGCUUGAGAUCCACCCAAACAUAGGAAGAAAAGGAACAAACAAUUGUAAAUAGGGGAAAACCACAAAAAAAAUCCAUGCUAGAUGUUGCUAAGCAUUUAAUUUAAACAAAUUAAUUUAUUUAUUGUA